CGUGUCUUACUAUCUCGUCUUUCAUGCAUUUUAUCGAUUUACCGGAGCUGCGCCUUCGUGUCGUCGCUGUUAUUGAUUUCGCUUUCGCUCCAGGGUUUCUUUGCCGUUUGAUUCCGUUAACUUGAGGUUCAGGAGUGGCUGAGACGAGGUUUUGGUCGCUAGAAAUUAUGAGCAUUAAAGUCUAGUUCUCAUUCAAGAAGGAAGAAGAAGAGAAGAGGAAUCGAGGUAAAGGAAAAUAGAUUCCGUUUGGGAUCAGUCUUCUCUUCCACUGGUUAUCUCAUCAAAACUUGGCCUGGUGACGAGUGCAAGAGUAUUAGGGUUAGGCUCGGCGGAUAUAUACGGUAUCCGCUAAAUAUCGUUUUGGCAGUCUCGCUUCUCUUAUAUAAAGCGGGCUCUGGAAAUUUUGCACCCUUAAGCUUCUCAUGGAUUGGCUUUUUAUAUCUGGUUUUGAUGUGCAUGGUGGUGUUUUCCUUUGUUGAAGUAAUAGGAAGAGAUAGAUUACGCUUCCAGGUGCGUAAGUUCCGACUUCGUUUAUUUCCAUUUGGAGGAACUAUUAGAUGAGAGAAUGUGUGAAAUUUGGCUAUGUUCUACAGCAUUCUGAAAUAUUGGGCAGAAGAUUUUGAUGAAAUUGUGAUUUUUACUUGUUUUGCAGCUCUGGUGACAAUGCAAUGCAUAUAAUUCGUACUUUUUGGGCGGAUUUUAGUCUAUAUAUAUAAUAGCUUGUCAUUUAUGCUAUAAAUUACUGUUUCAGUUGAACAUUUUUGUUCCGCUUUUUAGGAUAACAAGCUGUUAUAAAGUAAAAGGAAGAGAAACUCAGAAAAGUAUGUGCCAAUAGAAUGGGAAAAGCAUUUAGCUGCUUUGGUGCACCAAAAUCAUCUCCAACAAAGAGCCAUCCAAGUAAAUCCGUCAUAGGAAAUGUAGGUGCGCUAUCCCAAACACAAAACUGCAUCCGCUUGUUUUCCUAUAAUGAGCUGAGAUCCGCAGCAAGGAGUUUCCAUCCAACGAAUAAAAUAGGGCGUGGUGGUUUUGGAAUUGUGUAUAAAGGGGUAUUAAGGGAUGGAACUCAAGUUGCAAUAAAAGCACUAUCUGCCGAAUCAAAACAAGGAAUCCAUGAGUUUUUGACUGAAAUUGAAAUGGUAUCAAAUAUUAGGCAUCCUAAUCUUGUUCGAUUGAUUGGUUGUUGUGUUGAAGGCACUAACCGUAUGCUCGUUUAUGAAUACGUGGAAAAUAAUUGUCUAGCUAGCGCUCUACUUGGCCCUAGUCAUAAACAAAUUGCUUUAGACUGGCCAAAAAGAGCUGCUAUUUGUCUGGGCACAGCUAAUGGGCUUGCAUUUCUUCAUGAAGAGGCAGAACCCCACAUUGUCCAUCGUGAUAUCAAGGCUAGUAAUAUUUUACUUGACAAGGACUUACGACCAAAAAUUGGAGAUUUUGGUCUGGCAAAGCUUUUUCCUGACGCAGUGACUCACAUCAGCACUAAGGUGGCAGGGACUAUAGGGUACGUGGCACCCGAGUACGCCAUGCUUGGGCAAUUAACCAAAAAAGCAGACAUCUACAGCUUUGGAGUGCUGAUGCUUGAAAUUAUUAGUGGAAGAAGCAGUGCAAGAUCUGUAUGGGGACUUGACAUGAAGCUUCUUCUGGAAUGGACAUGGCAGCUGCGGAAUGAAGAAAGAUUGUCGGAUAUAGUGGAUCCCAAACUUGUAGAGUACCCCGAGAAUGAAGUUGUUCACUUUAUUAAGGUGGCACUGCUUUGCACACAAGCAACUUCUCAUCUGCGACCCAAUAUGAAGGAGGUGGUAGAAAUGCUGCAGUCGAGUCAAAUGGAUCUCGAUGUGGGAACUCUGAAACAGCCGGGUGUAGUCAGAGAGGGAAACCCUUCCUUUGGGAUGGUCAGUAAACUGAAGAGAACUCAAUUGCCCAAUCGCAGCCAGUUAAAUAGCACCUAUGACUUCGUCUCCACAGCAGAAGACGUUGGAGGCACUGCUGCAAUGAGCACGAUAGAGCUGCAGCCUAGAUAGUCAAGGGAGAGCUUGGUUACAUUUUGACCGUUGGAGUCAAAGAUCAUGCAAUGGAGAGCUCUUGUGUUGUAUUUUAGGCUGUAUGUUAGCAAAAUACAAGAUAGUUGUUAAAGUGGACAUCGAUGCAUAAUAAUAUUUGGAAUGAAAAUUAGAGGUUAUUUAUUUAA